UGUCUUUCAUAUUUCUUUACUUUCAGCAACAAAAGCAUAUCUCGUAAAUUAUAUUAAUAAGAAUAACCUCUGCUAUGGAGAAGAUAGCACUGUUCAACAGAUGUUCCUUAUAAUUCCAAAUUCGUUAGAAGUCACCCAAUAAUGUUCUUUCACUGUUGGCGUCAGUGAAAGCGAAGACAAACAACCGAACAAAAGAACAAAUAAACAAAGACAGUGUAUUUGCAGCCUUGCCUUCAGAUUGCUGUCGCGUGAUCGCUCCCUAAAACUCGUAUAAUACAGGACAGACAUUUCGAAUCCUGGAAACCGCAGCUGAGUGAGGAGUCUCAUUUCCGCGUCUGCCGGAACGAAGCUGAGUUCGUAGAGAAGUGGACCACGUGCAAGCUUUAUUUGGUUCUUACGUCCCUUUCAAAGACCCUCUCGUGUUUUCAUAGCCGAAGAAGAUAUGUCAAGUUCAUCGAAUGCGACAUAUUCCUCCAGCGGUCCCCAUGAGGACUUCGACAUUUACUACGAGAUAGACGUAGCCUCCAUCGUUGUCAUGCUGUUCUUAGCUGUUGUAACGGUUAUCAGUAAUGGGGCUUUUUUAUGGACUUUCUACAAAGAUCCACUAAAAUGUCUCCGAAAGCCGUCUGCAAUUUUUAUCUCCGGUUUGACGAGCGCUAACUUUGUGAGCGGCCUGAUUGUGGAGCCAUCUUUUGUGGCGUUCUAUUUCCGACAUUUCCUCUCGCACUCGGCGGAAUUUCUUCAGUACUUCAGUGUUGCGCAGUUGUUUGCUUUUAUGACCACAACUACCUCAUUCCUCGUUACUUUGGCACUGGCGAUAGUUCAAUACUUACUUAUCAAGUUUCCCAGCAGUUAUCAGAAAAUCGUGAGCCCUGUAUCGGCAUUUGUCGGCGUACUUUCCAUUUGGAUUUAUUCGUUAAUUUUUGGCUUGAUUCCAUUGAUGUCUAACGUCAACAGAUUUGCAUAUGUGUUGACGAACCUUGUACUUCAUAUAAUGAUACCGACUGUUUUACUUGUAAUCUUGUACAUAGCUAUUUAUUUGGAGUUUCGGAGUCGUUUUCAAGUUAACUCUGACAGAAGAAUGGAAGUACAACAAGCCUCAUUUCAACUCACAGAAUCCGAGGAACAGCGACGAAAAGCAGAAAAGGAUUUCGCCGUCGGAACGUUCAUUUUGACCUUUGUACUAAUAAUCCUUGUCUGGCCAUUUUGUGUGUCUCUGUACAUGGUGAACUGUUGUUUCACAAGGAGAACAGCUUUAGCAGUGAGAAUCGCUCAACUUUUCUUACUGUGCAAGUUUGCCGUGGAUCCGUUCCUGUUUGCUUGGCGUUUUCAAAAGUAUAGGAAGUCGUUGUUUCUAGCAAUGAGAAGUAUCUGUUUUUGUUUCAAGCCAACGUUACCGCGCGCCAUAAUUGUCAGAAAAAAUGAAAAAAACAGUCCUAAAACUGAUGAGGAUGAUGAUGAUGAAGAGGGACUCGAAGUAACUGUCGUGAGGGACUGAUUAAGAUAAACACUUUUAAAAGAUUGAUAUAAGAUAAGGCUAAUCUGUGACUAAUCUUCUCAGGCGUUCUAUGGGAUGUCACGCAACAUUCCUCCCAAAAGGGGCUUUAUUCGAGGCAGAGUUAUCUGACAUCUUUAACGGCUGUAGAAGAGUAUAAUGUUUGGCAAACGCUACAUAUAUAAUUCAGGAAUAUUGAUAGAUCUCUUGCAAGAAUAACGUAGACGGCAAAUUCUAAUAAAUAGUGGAAUAUCCUAGAAUGGUUUUAGAAUGUCAAGGGGUGUCAAUUCUUGAUUACAGGCAUUCAAAGCCAUGUUUGUGAUCAGUAACCCUAUUACUUUCAAGUUGAUCAAUGUUGGUAUGUCCUGCAUUUAUUUGACGAGUAGAAUCAUUAACAUCAUUCUCUUCAAUUGUUUUGUAGAGGAACUCUAACGCUUGGCGGAAAGAGUAAUAUUCCUGUUAAAAUGAUUUUCAUUCUAUUUAUCUAUUCCUGACAAAAUUACUGUACAAGACUUUACACAGUCUAGCGAUACAUCAUUUUACGCUAGAAUGGUACAAUACACUAAAAAACUGCCCUACCAUAUUACUAAUAGUUUUUUAGUGUAUUCAAUAGUUACAGUUGUAUUUUACAAAACUAUGAUGAGUUGACAACAUAUUCCUGUCCAAUGUAAAGUUCUGCCCUAUUUGUGGGUUGCUUUUAUCUUGGCUAUGAACACCUACCUAUAAAGACAGAUAUUGCAUUUAUAUGAAUAAAAUUCAGUUUAUAAUAUAAGGUGUUUCAGAUAUAAUGUAGUCUUCAGCAGUAUCAAAACAUCCAAAAAUAACUUGUUCUGAUGUUACAACUAGAGUUACUACAUUAGUCAAUAGUAAGAUGAAAUACAGUGCCAAAAUGAUUUUUUUGCAUUAAGGGAUUCUAUGUCGGGAACCGUGAACAAUGCCUUAAGUCGUUUUUAGUUUCGCUGUUGUUUUUGUCAUGACCGGAAAUGUCUCCAAUCAAUCAAUUUCCCAGAAUGUACUUUGUGCUCCGAGGUAUCACGUUUCUUUUCUAGUUGGUUGAGAAAUCCUGCACGCGGUCGAGUUGUUGUUGAUGCUUUAGUUAUACCUGGAUUAUAUUCGUCGAUUAAAAGAGUUGAUUAAUCAG